CCUGUCAUUCUAUCGAUGAUGACGGUUGAAACCCAGAUUUGUUACAAAUUUUUUGAUAAACUUUUAUAAUUGUUGUUUAUUUUCAUAGCAAAGAUUUUUUUAUAACCUAUUUGAAAAUGAAAUGAUUGUUUGAUUCACUGUUGAUAAUAUUACUACCGAAAUCUUUAAAACUCCGAUCAUCUAACAAAAUAAAAACAGUACAGUUUGUUAUGCAGCAUCUACGUCAUUAUUUUUUUUUGGACUCGAGAGUCCAAAGUUCAUAGUUUGUAUAUUGGUAAAAGUUAGUUAAAGUCUAGUAAACGUCAAGCUGUUGCAUUUGAUUGAAUACUGAGCUGUUGGAGAUAAUUUCAAUACGACCCUUGUAGUUCCAAAGUCAUUCAAUAUUUGUUACUACUAAGAAUCUCUACAAAAUGAUGUCAAGUGUAUCAAGAAUAAUUACACAAACUCCAAAACAUUUUAAUAAAUUUAUUAAUCUUAAUACAAGAUGUUUGGCAACUCAAGCAGCAGUAAGAGUAGAAACCCAAGAUGCGAAGGAUAAAAAAGAGACACAAUCCUUUACAAUGAAUAUGUUUCGAGGUCAAGUACAAGUAAAUCAAGUAUUUCCAUUUCCAAAACCGUUAACCCAAGAUCAAAUGACUGUUCUACAAGCAUCUAUAGAUCCAAUAGAAAAAUUCUUAACUGAAGUCAAUAAUCCUAUGAAAAAUGAUGAAACUUCUGAAGUUGAUGAAAAAACAAUGAAAGGAUUGUGGGAUCUUGGAGUAUUUUCUUUACAAGUACCCGAACAAUACGGUGGAUUUGGAUUGAAUAAUACUCAAUAUGCAAGACUGGUAGAGAUUCUUGGUAGCCAUGACCUAGGAGUUGGAAUAUUGUUAGGAGCUCACCAAAGUAUUGGUUUUAAGGGUAUUUUACUUUACGGUACUCCAGAGCAAAAAGAAAAAUAUUUACCUCGUGUUUCUAAUGGAGAAUACGCAGCAUUCGCUUUAACUGAACCCAGUUGUGGAUCAGAUGCAGGAGCAGUAAAAUGUCGAGCAAUAAAAUCAGCAGAUGGAUCUCAUUAUGUCUUGAAUGGCAGCAAAAUUUGGAUUUCAAAUGGUGGAAUUGCUGAAAUUAUGACAGUUUUCGCCAAAGUGCCAAUGAAAGAUCCAAAAACAGGUGAAGUUAAAGAAAAAGUAACUUGUUUUAUUGUCGAAAGAGGAUUUGGUGGUGUCACUAAUGGACCUCCUGAGCAAAAAAUGGGUAUUAAAUGCAGCAAUACAGCAGAAGUUUUCUUUGAAGAUGUUAAAAUUCCAGCUGAAAAUGUUCUUGGUGGUGAAGGAGAAGGAUUUAAAGUUGCUAUGAAUAUUUUAAAUAAUGGUAGAUUCGGAAUGGCUGCGGCAAUGUCUGGCACAAUGCAGGCAUGUUUGAAAAAAGCUGUAGAACAUGCGAAUCAACGUCAGCAGUUUGGAAAAUUAAUCAAAGAAUACGGUGCAAUCCAGGAGAAAUUGGCACGCAUGGCUUUGCUGCAGUAUGUUACACAAUCUUUAACCUACAUGGUAUCGGGAAAUAUGGAUUUGGGUAGUCAAGACUAUCACCUAGAAGCUGCUAUAUCUAAAGUUUUUGGAUCAGAAGCAGCAUGGUGGACUUGUGACGAAGCAAUUCAAACUCUUGGAGGAAUGGGUUUCAUGAAACAUGCUGGAUUAGAAAAAGUCUUAAGAGAUUUAAGAAUCUUUCGAAUUUUUGAAGGAACCAAUGACAUUCUUCGGUUAUUCAUUGCUUUGACUGGAAUACAAUAUGCUGGAAGUCAUUUGAAAGAACUACAGAAAGCUUUCAAAAAUCCUACUGCUAACUUGGGAUUAAUUUUUGGUGAAGCUGCUAAACGAGCUACCAAAGCAGUUGGCUUGGGACCGACUCCUACUUUUUCACAUAUGGUUCAUCCAAGUUUACGGGAAAGUGCUGAAUUGACUGGAAAAAGUAUUGAAGCCUUUGGACAAACCAUUGAAGGAAUUUUAAUAAAGUACGGCAAAGGAAUUGUCGAUGAGCAAUUUAUUUUAAACAGAUUAGCACAAGCAGCAAUUGAUACGUAUACAUCAGUGGUGGUUUUAAGCAGAGCAACUAAAUCAGCUAGUGAAAAGGUUCCUAGUGCAGAUCAUGAAUUAUUGAUGGCUAAAACAUGGUGUACAGAGGCUGCAAGUAGAACAGCAUAUAAUUUGAAAGUGGUAAAAACAGAUAAAUAUCUAAAUACUUUCAAUAAUUUAAAACAAAUUUCAUAUAAUGUUUGUGAUGCUGGCGGUAGAGUACAAAAUUCUCCACUUGGAUUUUAAUUAGAUAACGUUGCUUUAAGGAAUUAAGAGUAAAACAAUGUGUAUACGAGAAUAGUUUAAUGGUGCCUUCGAAAAUAUUUAUUUUUGAUAUAUUUAAUGAAGACAAACGAAUUAGAGAAAAUCUUUUAUGAACUAAGUUCACUGAAGUUUGAAAAUGGAAUAUUUUAAAAUAAUUAUAAAGAAAAAGAAACCACAGAAGAAAUUAUUUUAUUAAUUUCAUUUAAAUAAUUCAUUUGAUUGACGCAAUAAAUGAAUUUGAAAAAUAGUAGUUUUACCUGUGGCAUUUUUCUAAUGAAUAUUCAACGGAAAAUUACAAAAAAAAAUUACUUAGCAAAUGAAAUGUUUCAUAUAUGUAGUAGAUAUGUCAAAGCAAUGAAAGUGGAAGUGAAAAAACCUAAACUAUGUAUUCUUAAAAAAGCUCUUCCAAAUUUAAAGAACUUCUAUUAAGAAUUUUCUGAAAAGUUAUUUGGGUUACGAGACAGUCGUCUAGUCUUGAGCAGACACAGAAUAACAACAACAGAUUAAGGUAAUAAAUGAGUCUUAAUGUCAACAAAGAUAAGCAGCUACUCUUUUUCAACUUUAAUAAACGUACACAUAAAUCUUGCAAACAAAACGAUAAAAAGUUUUAUUAAAAUGUUUUCUCAUAUUAUUUAAAUGUCUGUACGUGCAACAAAAAUUGUAUUUUCUUUUUUUUUAAAACAAAAUAUGUAUCAUAGAAUUGAAACAUAGUAAAUUAUUAUAAUUAUUCAGUUAUUUGUAGCUGCUACUAUUCAUGUGUAAACAUUGAAAUCAUGAAUUUCCUAUUAAACUUAUUCAAACAAAUAUGAAAUAUUAAAACAUAGAUCCUUAUGUAAUUAUUGACGUACGAAUUUAAUCAUAGUUGUUGAUUAAUUAAUUGUUGUUCUUAUACGAGUACCCAUGGAGUUCAUAAAAGAAGUUAUUAAAAGUUUCUCUUACUCUAUAACUGAGAUAAAAAUCAAUGCAAUUUUUGUAAAUAAAAAAUUUU